AUGGCCGUCAUCAUCGUCGUCCUUGUCGCGCUCUUCCUCUUGGGCUUCUUCCCCAUCUACAUCCGCAACUGCUCCGUGUCCCAAUCUGCCGCCGCCGCCGCAUCCGUCGCGCAGCCACUGCCACCUCCCGAUGACUCGACCCAGCUGUCAUUGAGACGUUCCCCACGAUGUGCGACCACGUCUUCCACCCGGAGUGCAUCGACGCCUGGCUCGAAUCCCACGCCACCUGCCCAGUCUGCCGGGCCAGUUUCGGCCCAUGCGAACGGCUCGAUCGCGGUCGAACCGAAGACCAUUGCUCCUGCCUCAGCGUCUGAUCUUGAGGCAGGACGAGUGGACGGCUGCACUCUCUCGGAACCGGCCGCUGGGGUUUGCAGGAGUAGUGAAGAGCGACCACCGGCAGAAGCUCCGUCGGAGCUUUUCUGGUUCGAUUGGUUUUUGAACCGAAACCGUGAAUCGAGAUCGCACUCGGCGUUGAUGAACCGGUAG